GGAAAUGUUUCUUCUUUGAGAAAGAUGAGUUAUGGGAGAGCAAGAGGUAAUAUUUUGAGAGGGAGAGGACAAAGAUUCCGCGGACAGAGAAGAGGUAACAGCCAGGCUGGAAGAGGUCAAGGAGGGAAUACUGCAAAUUCACAACAUCCUGGUCAAAGGGGAUCAAACCAAAGCAGUUCAAGACCUCAAGUACAGCAUCAGAGACCUCAGCAGGUGCAGACAAGCUUGACGCCUUGUCCUUACAAAACAUGGAAUUUGUACUUUCCUGACAGUGUUUAUAAUCCAGAGUCAUCUCUUGGAACUAAAGUUCAGGCCAUUACAAAGUUUGUGGAAUCACAUGCAGCCCAACUCUCAAAGGAUGAGAUUGAAAACAAAGGAGCUGUGGUGUUUGAUUACAUGGACCUCAUUUCUGAUCCAGGUAUCUGCAUUUGUCAUAAAUAUCAUUAUAAAUCCCAAUACAUGUAUUUCUAUUUGGCCUUGUCGAGAAGUGUGCUGUAAAUUAUUAAUAAUUUAUUUUGGACUUGCCCUCAAUAAGGUAUUGACAUGUGCUUGUAUGCCUGAGUUCCAGCAAGUC